AUGAAGCAUCAUUUAAUCUUGAUAUCAUGGCCAUCAAAAUCUAAUGCAAUAAAUAUUGAUUUAAUGGCUGAUACAGAUGUUAUUAUACGUCAUGGUCAUCUUUUAUCUGAUUUAAUUGAUAAAGCACAUUGUGGUUCAACACUUGCAUCUGUUGUUCAUUGUUAUUAUGAAUUAUAUGAAAAACGUUAUGCAGCUGAUCUUGUUAAAGCUUUUUUGAAAUUAUUUACACUUUUUUUACAAUAUUAUAGAGGAUUUACACUUCAUAUUGAAGAUGUUCUUUUACUUUCGCCUGGUGUAUCACAUAGACGUCGAUUAAUAAAUGAAUGUCGUAAUCAAGCAGGUCGAAAUGCAUUACAAAAACGAACAUUUUCUAUGCCUAAAAAUACUGAUGAAAAUAUACUUAUUAAUGAAUUUGCUAAAACAUUUUGUUCAAAAUCAUUUGAUGAAUAUAUAUCAAAAGAAAUGGAUUUAAAUUAUAAAACAUCAAUUGAUAAAUAUCAAAAUCAAAUAAUUAAACAAAUGUAUGUCUCAUUUAUUUAA